GCCCUAACAGCAGACUGAUCUUUGUCUAGUCCAAUCAUUCCUAUGUGCACAGCAGCCUUGUUAGUGUCACUCUGGAUUCAAAGCAAAGCAUCUGUCUGUGUCUCUCUCUGCUGCUGGUAACUGACAUCUCUGCUCCAGGAGCACAGGGGCAGCUUGCCUGAUCUGCACCACACACUGAGGACUGUGACCGCUUCACUGCAAGGCUCCUUCUUCUCUUACAGCACAGAAACUAGUUCACACCUGCCUGCUAUACUUCUUGGUGAUCAUCAUUUAACUUGUCUGCCUGUGCCUUCUAUCUGGACGCUGCAUGCUACACCUGGGCUAUACACCUUUAUCACUUUUUUAUUAUUAAUAUUAUCAUCAGUAUUGGGGAAUGGAGGGACCACUUUGGAUGAGCCCAACUUUCUGAUCCACCUACAGCAUGGACACCCCGAUUAUCUUCAGGAGAAUUAAAGCCGGCAAAUGAAUUUCAGCACCACCUGGAUGCUGGACAGCUCCGCUGAACGAGACUGAUAGCUGGACGGGCUGUGCAUGGCUGAAGGCUGCCUUUGUUAGGGAUGAGGAGCAAAGCUCAAGCCCUUCAUUGGUCUCUUCGGAGGGAAGAUAUUUUAUGAGAUGCAGAGCUUGUUACCUGUAACUGCAAAUGGGAAUUUGGAGCAACUUUGAAGCAGAUACAAAAAUAAUUGUGUUUGACUGGAAUAAAAUUCUUGCAAAGCCCCCAAGGAUGAGGUUUUAUGCCAACUCGAUGCUUCUGCCUCACUGGCUCAUUUUGGCCUACGUCUUAAUGGUGUGCUGUAAGCUCUUAUCUGCCUCAAGCCUCAAUUCCCGAGGGCAAACAGGUUAUCAUCAGGUCAAGCAAGGAACAUGUGAGGUGGUCGCAGUUCACCGAUGCUGCAAUAAAAAUCGUAUUGAGGAGAGAUCACAAACUGUGAAAUGUUCGUGUUUUCCUGGACAAGUAGCGGGCACUACCAGGGCAAAGCCAUCUUGUGUAGAAGCAUCGAUUGUUAUCCAGAAGUGGUGGUGUCACAUGCAUCCCUGUAUGGAGUGGGAAGAGUGUAAAGUUUUGCCAGAUCUCACAGGCUGGUCCUGUAGCAGUGGAAAUAAAAUCAAAACUACAAAGGUAACACGGUAGCGAACAUCAAAAUGUGAUUAUGGAGCAGAAGUAAUUGUAGCACCUCGGUGAAAAUAUGUGCACUCAAUUUCCUUUGCAGACUUCUGACUAACUUUUUAGGAACCCUGCUGAAGAUAAACAACAUUUUCAACCUAUUUUGUUGUAUUGUUCCGGGGAUUCUGUAGAGGCUUUAAAUAAACUCUUGGUGAAUUAAAUUUCUGCACAUACUGACUUGAAGUCCCUUUGAUCGUCUUGGAAGUUAACUUUGGAUUACAAAAAAAAUAAAAAAUUCUACUAUAAAGAAAACUGGAUUCUGGAUUAUCGAUAUCUUGAAGACAAAUUUGGUGGAACAGCUUUUGGGUUUUACUUCAUUUAAUAACUUGGAACUGAACAAAGAUUAUAAUAUAUAUUCAAGAUGAAACUGGUCAUUUUCCUAAACCAAAAUAAUUAAAAUGCUAAAAGCAUCCAAAAU